GCAUAAAAUUUAACUAUAAUAAAAAUGGUCAAUUUCUGAAGCUAUUUACUUGAAUAUUAAAAGAUUAAAAUAUUGAUUGAUUAAUAUGAUGAUAUUAAUGAUAAUUGUUUUGUGAUUUGUGUGCAGAUAUGGCGCGAUCGGUGGUUGCCUUAUAUAUCGUCGCCUUCUUCUUCCUAUUCCUUUCAUUCUUCACUGGAAUCGCUGGUUGUUGGAAGAGAUCGCACGCAAACCUCGUCUCCACCGGAUUAUUGCAACUCUUAAGCUCGCUGAUGGAUGCCGGUGCUAUGGGUCUGUGGCACGCCGUCCAGUUCUACGAUCACCAUAAGCUCAAAGACCAAUAUUCCUACGCCCAGUGGCCUGACAUACUGAAACAGGCGGGAGUGACCGAGUUUUACUACGGGUGGUCCUACAUCUUGGCGUGGAUUGGUAUCGGCCAGUGUCUCAUCGCUUCCAUUAUGUUCUUAUCGGCCGCUCGUUGUAUAAGAAGUGAAAAACGUAUCGAACAGACGAAGAAUAUGCAGUAUUUAAUGCCUGUCUAUCCGGAUAAGAGAAACCCUUACGGAGUGAACUACGCGUACGCCUAUCCCGGACCCUACCAUUACCACGGCUCCCAGUAUGGGAUCGGACCGUAUGUUGUGGAUCUCUUCUAUGACAUCAUAUCUCCAUAUUCUUGGAUCAGUUUUGAAGUGCUUUGUCGCUAUAGACCUGAAUGGCAGUCAAUGUCUCUCCGAUUGAAACCCUUCUUAUUGGGAGGGGUUUUCAAACAGAGCGGAAAUACAGCGCCCAUUGAGGUGCCCAACAAAAUGCGGUAUAUGCCCACUGAUAUUCAAAGACUCAGCCAGUUAUAUGGCGUUCCCAUCGAUGUUCCCAUGGAUUUCCCAGAAGUUGUUCUUAAAAAAUCACUAAAAGCUCAACGGUUUAUAACAGCUAUUGAUUUGUUAACAAAAGGCAAGUCUACUGAAGACAUAUCGAGACAACUGUGGAGACGAGUGUUUGUGAGCCAUCAAGACGUGACACUUCCCGACAGCCUUCGAGAAGCAGCCAAAUGUUGUCCAAUAAGUGAAGACAUUGUCGAGAAAGCAAUUGUUUCUUUGGAUCAAAACCAAAUAAAAGACAAACUCCGAAAGAAUACAGAAGAGGCCCUGUCUUACGGAGCAUUUGGUGCCCCAACUCAUGUCCUUCAUCUGCCAAAUGGACCACAAAUGGUGUUCGGAAGCGACAGAAUUGAUAUCAUUGGCGCACUUUUGGGCGAGAAAUAUAUGGGACCUCUGCUUAAGAAACGAUGCCCGAGGGGCCAACAGCUCUGCCUUUCGUUCACUCCAUAUGUCGACGACUCUCCGGUGUGGGAGCCCACAGCCUACCAGCCACUCAAUCUGAGUGCUCGGCCAGUGCCUCCAUUUAUGGGGUGCGCACGGCCUAAGAGCCACUCCAUGCUAUCGGUCUCUCCGUUGGCGAUCCCACUCCAAAUGGCUAACACCACCAACUGA